UUUUAGGGUGCAGGGGAGUGGGGCUGCCCUGGGCAGUGGCAGCUCCGUCAACCUGCCGGGAGAGGACGCAUGGAGACUGCUAGGUGUCAGUCGUGGGGUGCGGAGGAUCAUGCAAAGGGACUUGGGCGCAGAGCACCGUGCCGGCUGCACGCUCGAGGCACCCUCCCUGGGGCGAGAUGGUCGCCCAGAAGCUGAGCGCCGUGUGCCUGCUCGGGGGACAGAGCCUGCUGCUGCUGUGGCUGCUCAAGGUCCCUUCUGCAUGCAACCUGCUGCUGCUGGUGGUGCUGGUCUUCAUGCCUGGGGGGAGAAUCCCCCAGCCCAAGCAGCUCCUGCAUCCCGGCGGAGGGGACAGGCUCCCUGCUAAGCCGGGGCUGGCUUUUGGCGUGCAGGGGACUUCUCCGAGCAGCAGCAGGCAGAGAAGCAGCAAUAAGAAACACAGAGCAGCCUCCUUCCUGCCCAAGGAAGACACCGAGGAGCCGGCAGCAAGGCAGCAGGCAGGGUCGAGCAUGGGCACAUUUGCCAGAGGCCGAUCCUGCCAGUCUGGCUCGGACUCCAGCCCUUUUCUCCCAUCGCCCGGCCGUUCCCCCGUGGAGGAAGACGCCUGGCACCUGCCUCCGCCACCCGAUGCUGCUGGCGCAGGCUUGUCCCAUGCCCCCAAGGACCUGCCCAAUCCCCAGCAGCGCAGGGCUGGCAGGGCUCGGCCCUGGGCAGUGGCAGCUCCGCCAACCUGCCGGGAGAGGACGCGUGGAGCCUGCGGGGUCUUCCCAGGCCACCGUCAGCACCGCAGGCUCCAGAGAGCAGACGCCAAGCAGCCCAGAGGUGAAAGGUCUCCUGCUGCAAAGCAGCCAGCCACGCGCUCUGUCUUCACCAGCACGACAGACCUGCGCAGAGCUGGGCACAGGCGGCCUUCUCCCUCGCCAACCCCCACGGGGCCCCUGCCCCCGUGGGCACAGCCACCCCCCCAGGACGCUCUCGCCAGGCUCCGGAGAGCUGCCUUGCAGACCCUGCCGCUCGUGGACUACAAGGGCGUGGGGCAGGGCAGAGCCGUGCAGUGGCUGCAGAGAUGGUGGCGCGGGCUGCGCAGCCGGGGGGACAGCAGCGUCUGGAGGAAGCGGGGCCCUGUCCCAGCAGCAGAGAGCUCGGCACCCGCGGGCACCGCUGCAGCAGAGCAGCAGCACCAGCUGUGCCCCUGCCAGGCUCCAAUCCACGCCCUCUUCAACGCCAUGGUCAUGGAGGCGUAGGCAGCACCAGCAAUAAAAGUACCUGUGGGAGCUUA